CCGUGUCUAAAUUCGUUAUCGUAAAUCGGAUCAGCACCAUGAAGAUGUUAUCGUAGCCGAUCCAGCGUUUCAACAGGAAGAUAUCGAUGGAUUGACCGCUCUUGGCUUUGUCGUGACGUCUGUUAUCGGAAACGGUCAUUACGACUUGACCCCAAGGGUACUCCUCUAUAUGCCCCAUUGUGAUCUGAGCCUGCACGAGGACAUUUUCAAGCACAAUUGGGAAUCAAGUCGUCUGCACGGUCUUUUCAUGAUCGCGAAUGAUCUGACCAUAUACAGCGAAAGUAUGCCCACGCACAAACUCCGUGCGAAAGCUCCAUUUACUGCUCAGCUCCUCCCGCACCUGUGCAUCCAGCGUCUACCCAAAUGUGCUUCCUUUCCUGAAGCAUUCAAUGACCUUGCAAUCCAAUGGAUCCCGAACAACGGGUCUCUCCCAUUUCCAUUCUCAGUUUCACCCCUUUCCCCAACCGAAUCGAGGGACGAGGAGGAUGCCUUGGUCAGUGCAAUAACCGGUAAUUUGGCCAUGAUAUCGAUAUCGAUCCCCGAGUGUCCUAAUGGCCAGAUAGAAAGUGAAAAAUCGCAAGGGUAGGUGACCGUAGCCGUAGCUGGGAAGAAACAAAAUCAGAAGAGGAUGAGUUUGGACAAGAAGCCGGGAUACGUGUUGUUUUUUU